AUAAUGGGGAACGGGGACGGACUGGCUGACAGAUGCAGGUUGAGAGUGACGUAGAGUGAGACGCAGCAUAUAAGAUCAGAGCACCCAGGAAGUCGUCCUCUGCUCUCAGCGCCUGUGCUCGCAGCGCCUGUGCUCUCAGCGCCUGUGCUCUCAGCUGAGCCCAGGCACGGUCGCAUGGGCUGCCCAGUCAGCCCAGUCUCUGCAGCUUCCCGCUCGCCAGCAUGAUCAACACUUACACCACCAGUUUUGUCGCACCGCCGGUGCCCCCAAGAACAGGGUCUAGGGCCCCUGUGCCGGCUCGCCUCCCAGUCCACCUCUGGCUGCUGUCGGUGGUCCUCGUACUGCAGAUGAUCAUAUUCGCUGGGGCCUUCGUCUACCUGUUCCUAAGAGACAGUGAGCUCCAGCGCGAGUUUGAAAGCAAGUUCCACGAUGACCUAAUCGUGCUGAGGAGAUUACAGGAAUGCGAUGACAGCAGUGUGGAAUAUAGCACACUCCUGGACUGUAAAAAGACUCUGGACAAAUAUAAGAAAAUUUUGCUAAAGAUUUCACAAGCGGAAGGAAGUGUGGAUCUACAGUUGGGUGGCACCCCCAUCCGCAAGCCUGGAGCGAUGGCGCACAUGCUGGUCAAGCCAGACCUCAGCCAGUCAACAUCUACAAAGGUCUUGCAGUGGUACCAGGAACACUCGCUGCUGAUGAAUGUGGACUACCUGGUCACGCCUAGAAUGCUGCGGAUCCGCCUCAAGGGACUCUAUUACAUCUACUCCCAGGUGACCUUCUCCGGGUGGCACCCAAAAAUCCCGCUGGUCCAAACCGUCAUGCGUCGGGCCACCACCACUGGGAAAAAGACGGAAGACGUUCUGCUCAAGGCCUUCUGCACGAUGAAGAUUGCCGGUGAAGCGUGCACCUCGUUCCAGGGUGGCACGUUUCAGCUCGAGGAAGGGAUGGAGCUUUAUGUAAACGUGACCGACAUAAACCUACUGAACUUUGAAGAGACAGCGACCGCCUUUGGAAUAUUUAUGGUGUAAAAACAUCACUUCCCCUAUAAAAAUACCUGAGAGGGCCUCCUUUUUACUUUGAUCUUGAAGAACCUAGAGUUGAAAGUCUGACAUUUGAUUUGUUUAAAAUCUAUAUUUAAUUAAUUUAAUGAAUCAGGAACAGACAGACAUUCAGGAGACAGUGUGUCUGGCUGAGUGGGUCAGGACUCUGUGUCUGUGAUUGGAAAAUCGCCAGUUUAAAUCCCAGGGUUGUUGGAUUGAUGUCACCAUUGGGUCCGUGAGCCGGGCCCUUAAUCCCCAGCUGCUCCGGGGACUGUUUGACCCCGCUUUCUUGAAAAUGUACAUGGCUUUGGAUGAAAGCACCUGCUAAACAAGAGAAUGAAACAACCUGAAAGUUCUAAGUAGAGGUGAGAACCUGAAAGCAGGUCAGCAGAUAAAACUGCAAAACACCCCGAUUGCCUUCAAAAUAACAAUGCACGCGUCUGGACCAAAGCUAACAAUUCCUCACCUAUUUUAACAUUUAUUUUUUGCAUUUUAUUUGCAUAUUAUAUUUGUAUAGGCACUACAAUUUAUAUUAACAUGAGAGAUCAAAUUUUAAAAUACUGGAUUUCUAGGCAGAUUUUGUUUUAUGUUAAACUCAUACAGUGUGCGUGCAUGCCUAAAACACAUAUGUAUAUUAUAUGUAUUUUUCUUUGGUUUUCUUGUAACAUUAAUACUGUGCAUGUCUAACAUAAUAUUGUAUAACUUCUCUCCACCUGUCUGUGAGCAAAAUUAGGCAAAUGGAAAAAAUAGUGUGCUGGGAUUGUCAACAGUCAAAUGUGGGCCUACAGCCACAGACACUGAGGACAGUGAGCGGCGCGGCGACCCACGUGAGGCAGAGUAUAGGUGUAUCAGCUGAUCAGAGAGCUGCAGACUCUCGUUACUAUCUGAGCAAUAGCUUUUCCCUGAGCUCAGCAAAACCACAGCGCCACAUUUCCAGGCCUUUGCAGAUACACCCACGCCCGGUAAGGGAGCCUAGCAGGAAGUGCCUAAAAUUAGCCGCCAAGCCGCCAUUAAAUGCCAGCAACUACUUGUUUGUUGAUGGGAGGAUGUUGUUUAAAUCAAGAGGAAAACACACCUCUCCCAUAGUGCUGGUCCCCCCAUUAUGGGACACACCUUGGACGCCAUCUUCUGAUGUUAACAGAUUUAACUUUGUCUCGGACUGGAGGUCCCAGUGGUGAAGCUUGCCUGGGGGGUCACAUGGGUGUUGACUAGUAGUGUUCUCACCAGUUUGGUGGAGUGGAAUCUGUUUUUAUAAUUUUUUGUACAACUUUCAAAAGCUAUUUAUUCCAUGCCUUUUCAUGGAAAGAAUGAACUUUUCUGAAUAUUUAUUCUAGAUGACUUUUAUAUAAUGGUUAUGGAUAUUAAAUUGUAUUCAUAUUAAACAAAAUCUAUGCUGAAA